AUGGGAGCGGAGUUUCUAAACGCUGGAGAACAACCAGAACCAGCAGUCGAUGUGCCUGAAGAUGGGAACCUGCCAGCAGAGCCAGCAGCUGAGGGCGGCGUGGUGGCUCGUGUGCCAAUGACGCUGGAGCAGUACCGCGCAUGGAAGGCCAGGAAGGAUCAAGAGGAAACUGCGAGGAAAGAGGAGACAGCAAGGAAACGAGCGGAGGACAUAGCAGCAGGGCGAGUGCCCAUGAAUGGAAGGGAGCUGUUUAUCCAUGAGCCUUGGGUGUUUGAUGACUCGAGAUUUACCUAG